AUGGCCUCAGAAGGCAAUAUUGUUACAGAUGGGUAUAGAUAUAAUGGAGCCAAAGGAGACAUCAAAGUUUAUAACCCUGCUGUUGAGCUUGAUGAUGAAUAUAGUACUUCUCAAGUUUGUCUCAUAAAUGGUGCUUAUUAUGACUUUGAGAGUGUUGAAUCUGGAUGGGCGGUAAAUCCCAGCGUAUACGGGGACAGACAGACUCGAUUUUUCGUAUACUGGACUGUUGAUGGUUCAAAGAAAACUGGUUGCUUGAUCUCACUUGUCCUGGAUUUGUUCAGACUAGCCAUGAAAUUGCUCUUGGAUCCGGUAACAAGCAAUUGGUGGGUGCAAUAUGGGGAGAGAAUUAACGUCGGUUAUUGGCCGCCGGAGCUCUUUGUUGCACUGAGCUACCAUGCAACAAGUGCUGAAUGGGGAGGUGAAGUUUAUAGCUCAAGAGUGGGAACAACUCCUCACACAAAAACAGAUAUGGGCAGUGGACACUUUGCUGAUUCUGUUUGGGGGACUUCAGGCGCCAUAAGAAGAAUCCGAAUACAUGAGAAUUCACCUGGGCUGAAAUUCCCUGAUAUAGUUACUACUUUGAUGGAUGAGUUCAACUGUUAUAAUGUUAGGUAUCUUUCAGAUUAUGUUGAAGAUCCUGAGUUCUAUUAUGGAGGGCCUGGUAGAAAUUAUAUGUGCCCUUAA